GGGAUCUACAGAUCGCACGCUCUGUGCAGCUCCUGCGUGACGUGAACAGUCUCCCUGUUUGUUUGUGUAGCUUGAGGUUGAAAAUGGCGGUGGGGAGAGACCAACGCGAGAAUUAAAGACACAAAUAACGAGCGGCUUUGGGUGACAGCUCCAACAGAACUCCGGCAGCGGACGGAGAAAGACUCCAGCCUCAGAUAAAUGUCGGGUUUUGGGGGAUUUUGGCGAAGGACGUCCGCAGCACGAACUGAAAACAGGACAGCGUUGUGGAUUUAAAAUAGCUUUCGGAAUUAGCCAGCUAACCUCGUUAGCUAGCCCUCCACUGGAAGAUUUAACAGCAGCAGCCCUGCUCGCUAGCAGCCGGCCAGGCCAGCGGACUGAACACGGCUCCGGCGGCGGCGGCGGCGGGGCGAGCUGGACGGGGCUGACGGCGGAGUCCGGCGGGCUAGCUCUGUGGGCUCGGCCGCGCUUUACUAAACAAUUUCCAGCACAACUCGUGGGCUCUCCGCUCUUGUCAAAACAUUUGCAUCUGACUGAAUGCAUAACUAAUCGCUCCAUCUGGCAGCACUUUCAGGCUAAUAGGAGCGAGCUCACCACCACCUUCGGGCUCACAGACCGUCGGCUGUGUGAGGGGAGCAGUUUGAGCAGGUUGUGUACAGUGUCAAGUUGUCUUCUGCCUCCCCCAGUGGGAUGGUGCUGCAUGACAGAGAGGGCAUGGCGCCAUAGCCCCCUCUGUUUCACCUCUCAGCUCUCCAUCACACAAGCCCAGUGCAGUGGACCGCCACCACAGUGCUCCCCUCAAUGUGCACCCUCUUAGAGCCGUAGAUCAACUUUGCAUAAGCUCAAAAUGAGUGCCGUGGGAGAGAGUGCCCUUGACCCCGCCACUCCAGAGUCACGCAAAAGGAAAGGCUCACCAUGUGACACCUCAGGCCCGAGUGGGGAGAAGCGGCGUCGGGAGCUGGAGUGCCGCUACAUUGACGAGCUGGCAGAGCUGCUAUCUGCCAACAUGGGUGACCUCGCCAGCCUGAGUGUGAAGCCGGACAAAUGCCACAUCCUCAAGAGCACGGUGGACCAGAUCCAGCAGAUCAAACGCCGCGAGCAGGAGAAAGCAGCUUUGAUGUCCCCAGAUGACGAGGUGCAGAAGAGCGACGUGUCGUCAAGCAGUCAGGGCAUGGUGGAGAAAGAGGCUCUGGGUCCUCUGCUUUUGGAGGCUCUGGACGGCUUCUUCUUUGUGGUAAACCGCGAGGGACGGAUUGUGUUUGUGUCUGAGAACGUCACCAACUACCUGGGCUACAGCCAGGAGGAGCUGAUGACCUCCAGUGUAUAUAGCAUCCUGCACGUGGGAGACCACAACGAGUUUGUGCGCAACUUGUUACCCAAAAGCCUGGUGAAUGGGGUACCCUGGCCGCAGGAGCAGGCUCGGCGUAACAGUCACACGUUUAACUGCAGGCUGCUGAAGAGACCUCCAGACGAAGUGGAUUCUGAAAACCAGGAAGCUCGGCAGCAAUAUGAGCAAAUGCAGUGCUUCACCGUCUCACAGCCCAGAGCCGUACAGGAGGAGGGUGAGGAUUUGCAGAGCUGUUUAAUCUGUAUAGCAUGCCGAACGCCUCGUCCACCACAGAUUCCCGUCAGUACGGAGUCCUUCAUUACCAAGCAGGACCCCACAGGGAAGAUCAUCUCCAUUGAAACAAGUGCUCUGAGAGCAACAGGCCGGCCAGGCUGGGAGGACCUGGUCAGGAAGUGCAUUUAUGCCUUCUUCCAGCCUCAGGGCAAAGAACCCUCCCACGCCAAGAAGCUGCUACAAGAGGUGAUGACCCAUGGCACGGCCAUCAGCCCUCUGUACCGUUUUACACUCAGUGACGGGACACCCCUCAGUGCACAGACGCGCUGUAAGUUCUGCUGCCCCCCCAACCCCGAUGUACAGCCCUUCAUCAUGGGCAUCCACACUAUUGACAGGGAACACAACACUCCUAGCUCUCAGGAAAACACUACUCCCAGCCUUCUAUCCCCUUCAGCCCCUCCAGCCCGUUCACCCGCUCUACAGCCCUCCAGUGACCUCGGCUUGCAUCUCAACAAUGGGAACGGAGCCUGUCCCACGCCAGGCCCUCCCGCCUCAACUCCACCAGGCUACCUGACACCCAACCGUACGGGGCCACCCCAGCAGGUCAACAGCCCCUCUCCUCUGGGUAGCCCCCUCACAGCCACCCCUACCUCAUUCAUGUCACCGCGGCCUCCCCGUGGCAGCCCAGGUCUAGCAGGGAGCCCUCGCAUCUCGGGACAUCCUUUCUCGCCCCCGACGCCCGGCAUUCACUCUCCAGCUGGGGCCCUGGUCCGGCAACAGUCUGGUGUAGAUGCCACUGCCUUUUCUCUCCCCUCCCCUUUACCACCCAGACAAACACCCACUCCCAGCAGCUCCCCCGCUCGCCCGCCUCCGGCCAAACCACCCGAGGCAGGCAUUGAUGAAGCCAAGAGUGCUGUUGUAAGCAAUCCCAAACUCAACCAGCUCCUGGACAGCAGUGGCAGUGGUGCUGGGCCUGCAGAUCACGAGUCCCUAUUAACCGCUCAGACCCGUCCAUCACCUGCUGCCCAGUGUCCGGCCUCGCACAGCACCUUGACAGAGCGACACAAGAUCCUGCACCGGCUACUACAGGACAACAGCCCAGCCGACGCCACCAAGGAUGCCGAGAUCAAGAAGGAGCCGCCGGGCAGCCCGGGUCCAGGCGCAACCUUGGCUGCUGUUGCUGGGAAAGAGCCGCAAGACCACCAGCUGCUGCGUUUCCUGCUCGACACUGACGAGAAAGACCUCGCUGACCUUCCGCCACCUGCUGCGCUCAGCUUGCAGACAGUCCGGGUCAAAUCGGAGAAGAAAGGCAGUGGAGAGAGUGGACCCUGUGCUGCCACAGCACCUACUGCUACUGCUGCUCCUUCAGCUCCUUCUGUUCCUGCAGUUAGCUGCUCACCCAAACCCAGCGACAGGCCAAGUCCGUUUCCCAGUGAUUUGGACACGCUGAAUCAGCUGCUGCCCACCCUUAGGGGCCCAGUGGGCGGAAAGCCAGCAGAGGAGCCUGGGCUGCCCCGGCCGACUGAUGACAACAUUCCCAUCGGUGUUAGCGUGAAACCUGAACCACCCGGAACACCUAGCCGUGUUUUCUCUGAUGCCCCCGGUCUCCAGAGCCAGUCUCCUUUUGACUUCUGCAGCCCCUCUACGCCCACACAGGCUCAGGGCCCAGGGCUGGGCCAGGCUGAUCCCUUUCAGACACCUAAGGAAAGCACCAGCCCUUUUCCUGAUCCUACCCUCAGCACCUUCAGUGCAGGCACAGGACUGGCCAAGCUGGAACUACCUGACUCGCAGCAGUUCCAGCCCUUGUCCCUGCCCGACUCCAUAACUUUCGAUGGAACUCAAACACAUGGCCCUCUUUCCUCACCUCAAGAGCAGUGUGUUCCUUGUCCACUUGAAGAAAUGCUAUGCCCUCCGACUACCCCGGAGGGCCGCAAUGACGAGAAGGCCCUGCUGGACCAGCUUGUGUCUUUUCUGAGCGGCACUGACGAAAGUGAACUGGCGGAGCUUGACCGUGCACUGGGCAUUGAUAAAAUUGUUCAGAGUGGAUGCCUGGAUCAGAUCACCCAGCGCUUCCCCCCACCACAACCACCUACCCCAGUGGCCAUGGACCCCAAGCUCCCAGGCUAUCCCACCCAGUUUCCCACCUCACCUUCUCAGUUCCCGCCUGAGAUGGCCGGCACACAGGGCAUAGGGUUUGUGGCACCACGGGUGCCCUUCCCUGGAAACAUAAGCAUGAGCACGAUGCGGCCCGGAAUGAACCGAGCCCCAGGGAUGCCCAACCAGCUGCGCUUGCCCCCCAACCAACUGAGGUUGCAGCUUCAACAGCGCUUGCAGGGGCCACAACAGAUUCAGAACAGGCUGGCAGCCAUGAGCCAGUUCCCGCAAGGGGCACCUGUUGCUAUGGGCAUGCGUCAAGGCAUGCAGCAGCCCCAGAUGCCCUCACAGCCUCCACUCAAUGCUCAAAUGCUCGCUCAACGGCAGAGAGAACUUUACAGCUUCCAGCACCGCCAGAGGCAACUGCUACAGCAGAAGGUCAUGAUGAUGAGGCAAGGAAUUACAACAGGACCCAUGGCGGCCCAGAGAGUCCCAAAAGGCCCACAGCAGCCUCAGCAACCGCAGCAACAGCAGCAACAGCAGUUUGGCUAUCCCCCAGGGUACAACACUGUUCCUGGAAACACCCCUACCUCCCCAAGCCACUUCAGCCCCAUGGGGGGUCCACUGGACCCAAAGCUGUCUGCCAGGGGGGCUAUGGCAAACCAGGGCAUGAUAGGAGGCAUGCAAGGGCAGUUUGGAGCACCUCUGAACUCCUCCGUUCAACAGGGUCUCUUCCAACAGUUUGGAGGCCCAGGUAUGGUCCAGCAAGGGGAGCCGUCUUUCCCCGCUGAGCUAGGCCCCACCAGCCCCUUGCUGUCACCCCAAAACUCUACCUCCCAGAGUCCUCUGCUUCAGCAGACACAACAUCCACCUGGUUACCAGUCACCUGAUAUGAAGAACUGGCAGCAAGGUGGCAUUACUAACAACAGUCUGUUUAACCAGGCUGGCCAAACUGCCUCGCAGAAUUUUGGCCAACAAGGCGUGUACAACAACAUGAGCAUCACUGUAUCCAUGGCUGGUGGAACGGGAGCCGUGGGUUCACUACCUCCAAUCGGACCACCAGUAGGCAUGGGCAACAACAACCUCAGCAACGUCAGCUCUAUGUGUAAUGAUCAGGUACAGCAGGUUCAAGUGUUCGCUGAUGUCCAGUGCACAGUAAACCUUGUGGGGAGCGACUCUUACCUUAACCAGCCUGGACCCAUGGGGCCCCAGAAGGCCCAGAGUGGGGUCCCCACCUCCCAGUCCCAGCAAAAGAGCCUCCUGCAGCAGCUCCUGACUGAGUGACCCUCCUGCAGACACCUGCCUAGACGACCCUCUCCAAUGUGUAGAGAUUUCUAUUUGUCACCUUUGGUUUCUAUACAGUAAUACCUGCAGAGGUCUGUGUCCGUGGGCCCGGGGCUGAAUAGCAUUUGCCGGCCUGUUUCCUGGUCACCACCUUUUCAAAAGUCUGCUCCAUGUAUGGGGAAUAUAUAUAAUCACGUUCCAGAAAUUUGCCAAGUCUGUAAAAGGACCUGCUGCUUCUCACCGGCUAACGUCCUAUCAAGCCACCGUCGCAGUGCUUCUUGGGGAGCGGAGUGCAGCAGCUGAGCUUAGAUUGGACAGAUUGGAAACUGGGGCAGGCGGUUGCCGUGGUGUUGUCAUGGUGACGCUCUGGCCUUGGCCAAUGGGACAAUUCUUGGGAAUGUUUUUAGGUUUCCUCUGUAUGGGAACGCUCAGUUUCAGCUGGAUCUGUGACUGAUAGGCUCUCCACAGCAGUGCCUGAUGAUGGGAGGAGUUUCCCAGCUUUGUUUUGUCUCUCUCUCUUUAUUUCCCUCUCUCUCUAUCUCUCUCUCUCUACCCCCCCCCCCCUUCUGUUUGUUUUAGUACUCUUUUCUGUUUUUUCUUGUUUUUUAACUAUAUAUAUGUCUGUUGUCAUCAGAACAAGCAUUGCCAGUAUGGGAGACUGCUUCGUAGCACACGUCUGCCGCGGGCUUUCCUGGGAGAACUAAUUUUGAAACAGCAGGCUUUUUUAAUAUCCUACACAUUUUCCCCCCUCAUCACCUCAGCAGCUGUGAAUACGAGCCACUUAGGGUUGCGUCAGCCUAUCAGUGUUGUUUGCCAUGUGUACUGUGCAGGUUGGUAUUAUUAUUGUACAGCACAAAAAAGGACAGAGUUGGAAUGAGCUCACGCUUUCUUUUUCCUUUUAAAACAAGAAAAACAAAAGUGUUGUUGUAACUGUCAUUUUGAAUGCAUCAACAUCAUGGGUUUCAAACUGGUUCUCUUCUUUUAUAGCUUUGAGAAUAUGUAAUGUUUAUUUUGUUUUUCCAGAUUUUGAAGAAUAAUGUUUGAAAUCAUCGUGUGUACUAAAGUAACAUUGCUGAAUAUUACCUGGGGAGGUGCCGAGCUCUCUGCCUUGUUUAUGAGGAGAAGGAAGGCUUGCGCAAAUUUAUUUUUUUAGUCUUUCCCCUCUUAUCUGGUUGAUAUUGGUAUGUUUUUUUGUUUGUUUUAUUUUUUUCUGGCACCUCAGUACAGUUACAGUACAGUUACAGUACUGUUACAGUCCGCAAAGUCUAUUGUACAUGUAAAUGGAUGAUCUAAACUGAUUUUUAUAAUUCAGUAGAGGUAUUUCUUUCUUACUUUCUUCAAAGACAGUCUAGAAAUCCCAGGUCGCUUUGCUCUGGCUCUGGAAGGGUGCUGUCUCUUUCUCGCACCGUUAGCUGCGUCUCCAUCUCUUUGACUGCUCAUGUGACUACUGUUGCCCAGUCGGACACUGUUCUUCAGCGUUGCCCUCCUUUUUUUUUCCUCCUCCUCCUCCUCCUGGUCCACCUCAUUUGCUUCUUCCCCUCUUUAGCUUUGUUACAGUGAUGCACAUAGGCAGCAUUCUUUCUUGGAACGUUUAGAAGCCGAGAUGACCCGCAAUAACCUUACGUGGUGGAGUCAAGGGACAGUCUGAGCUUUUUGCAGGCAGAUGAGACGUUUGUUGGCCUGUGAUGGGAAGUUCAGUUGAAGUUUCAUGGUCCAAAUCUGUCACGCUGUGUAUAAACGUACAAGACAGGAGAAAUCGCUGCAUGUUUGGCCCCCCUUACCGCUUUUCCAUCGUAUGUAAAGCGAUGUUCUUUGAUUUGUGAAUCACUUUGUAUAGUCUUUGUGGGUGUGCUGUGCAUACAAAGAAUGGCUCGUCUAGCUCAAUGCCACACCAAGUUUUUGAGCAUUUACUUUUUCCAGACCUGAAUUGUUGAGGUAUCAACUAUGUAUUGUUUGUGUUGGUGGACAUUGAGGGGUUUUCUGAGCCACUUUUUGUUAGAAAUGUACAUACACAAUGCAAAAUGGGUUUACAAGAGACUAAUUGUGGGGAAAAACAAAUUGGCUUAUCUUUAAAAAAGGAACAAAAACAACACAUUGAUUAAGAGUGACCUGUUCUAUAAUGGCUAUCAGUGUUCAUUUCUGCCAUGAAAUGGGCGUUCUUCUUUUAUGAUAACUCUUUUAAGUGUUUAGGUAAUAGGAUUCCAUUUUAUGCCACAGUUUACCCUCAAUAUGGACACCUCUUCACUAUGUUUCUGACACGUUUAUGCCAAAUAUACCGCACUAUUGAACAGUGCCUAUUAGCAGUGGGUUAUUCUUUUAAUAAACAGCUCUCAGCCAGUUUCGCACCGAGGUACAAUGGACAUACAUUUUUUUUCUUUGAAGCCUGGUUCAGUUAUCGUGUAUAUAACAGACAAAUGUGAAUAUGUAUCUGUUCAGAAUCAACAAUAUGUAGUGCUCCAAGUUUGUGGUAAUAACUACUUGCUUCCAUAUUGUUUUUUUUUUCUUCUUUUUCUGUUGGGAUGUGUAUGGCUGUCUGAAAGUGUGUAUGUGUGUGAUUAAUACUGUAUAUCUGGUGUUUUAAAAUGGAAACAUGUCCUGAUUUUUUUUAUUUUAUUUCUCUUUUUAAGAAAAUACCUGCAACUUUCCUGUGGGUGUUCAGAUUGCUCUUUAUGUGAGAGAAUGGUUUAGCGACUGCUGAAUGUGACUUUACUGAGAGAGAAGCAGCGUGGACUGGCUUUUGUACGGGUUAAUUUAAAAAAGGCCAUAUUAUUUAAUUUCUCUGUUGUCAAAAGUUUAAACAGCUCUGAUGAAGUGGAACCUUGGUUUGAGGGGAACAGUGCUCAGGUAUUUCAGUCAGAAUUUGCCACAGGCUUUUUUGUUUGUUUUUGUUCAAGAAAUAAUGACCAAAGCUUUAAGGUAUUAACAAAAAAAAUAACUACCAUAUCAUAUGCAAGGCUCAUGCAAUUGGAAAAUGUAGCAUUGUUUUUUCCUGAAUAGAUGCCCCAUACUUUUAGCUUAGUUUUCUUAUAACACUACCAUUCUUAUAACUUUGCCCCCAUCCCCCCCCCCCCCACCACACACACACUUUGUAUAAUGUUUUGUACAAUUGUCCUCUAUGAGAGUCAAGUGGCUUAUUAUUUAUGUAUCUACAGAAUUGUUUUCCGAUUUAAGAGGCUGUUGCCACACCUAACAUGCAAAUAUCUUUAUGGGCAAGAUGUCAUCACUGUUUUCAGGAAGAGAAAUGUACUACAGCUAGCUAUGCACCUUAAACGAGAAGUGCUUCUCGUUGAAAGUCUUGUUAAGAAACUGACAAACUCUGAUUUGAUCAUUGCUUUCGAAAAGACCGCUGUUCUACAUAUGCAUACAUGUGAUGUAUAUUCUAUUGUUUUUCUUUCAACUCAAGGAAAAAUACCUGGUUUGUAGUUUUGAACGUGGUUUCAGGCUACAUGAGCUAAAAACAGUUACGCUGAUGCAAGUAUUCGUAGAUAUUUGACUUUAUUUAGCUGAAUUCUUUAUACCAAAUUUGAGGUGCCUCUUGUAUAUAUUUUCUGCAUAGAGGAUUGCUCCUCCUGUUUGAUGAAAUUUUUCUUGUUAAAAAUUUUCUUAUCGACCUUUGUAAGACAUGUUUGCUGUAUUUUACAUGAAUUUUUUACUCGAAUCAAAAAAAAAAAAAGAUUCCAGGAAUUUGCAAGGAAUACAAUCUAGUUUUGCACUUUAUAUUUCGAUUCAAAGGAAAAGAGGCCAUCCCACACACACAAACACAAUCAGAAACCAUAAGACAUUAGAAGACUACAAAAAAAAUGUCCCCUGAAUGUAUUAUAGUCAAAAUGUCAUUUUGAUUUCUGAAAAGAAAAAAAAUUCUCAGGUUCUUCAGAAAGAACUUAGCAGUAGCCCCUCAUCUUCAAGAGUGUUGAAAGAGAGAGCAGGGUUGCCUUGCUCUAACACCCCCCCCCAUCCCCCCCCCCCAUCCCCUUAUCGUCCCCUGCCCGCGGUGUUGUGGCGGUGAUUGGGUUUUAAAUCUAUGCCUAUCUUCUUCAGGUGCUCCAAUUUUCCCCUAGCCCUUUCUUGUUAGCCGGUGUGCUCCAGUAUCAUACCUCUUCUCUCCUCACCUUCUGUAAACAUUCCUCACACAGUUAGUUCUGCUUUGCUCGUUACUAGGGUUUGGUUUCCCAGGCCCGGCCACACAGUGCCAUGCUCUGAUGACCAUUUAUGCAAAGACCCGUAAUGCCCUGCGGUUCCUCUAGCAGCUCUGUAUCCUGGCAUAGUACUGAAUCUUCUAGAAGCUUCAUAACCGUGCGCUUUUCUCUGUGUUCAGGUCACACCACUCUACUGUAUCACUAUGUAGACGCUACUGUUUUGUCUGGGGAGAUUUUUAUUUCUUUUUCUUUUGUAAGUGCUGCCUUAUUAACAUGGAUGUUUGUUGCGGUGGUAAACACACAGUCAGGGGUUGUCAUUUGCGACUCUGCUGAAACAGCACGGCUCACUCCAAGCAAGGUUCCACUUUUCACCUGUAAAAUUAAUAUAAAUAAAUAUAAAUAUAUAUGAAUAUAUACAUUUUACUCAUUUUGUCCAGCUUUGUAUAACACUUGUGAAACAUUUUUUGGGUUUCCCCCCUCGAGAAGCAUCAUUGCAGCUGUGUUUGGGACAUUAUGAAUGAAGAUGUACCUGGGAGAUUCUGCAUGUUAUUGUCAUGUUUUUGAUUUUGUUUGGUUGUUGUUUUUUUCUUUCUUUUUUUCUUGUUCUUUCUGUGUCCAGGCGUGUCUGGAGAAAAAAAUACCUACCUUUCUUAGGACGUUGUAGACAAUCAGUCACAUGCUGGGUCCAGCACCUGCAGGGUUGUCCUGUGGGCUGCAAAACUGUGUUUCGCAUCUACUGAAACAGUCUUAUUUCUCUAGUCCAUUUCAUGGAAAUAUGUGGCUGCUCAACCUGAAAUAGUUCAAGUUUACACACAAAUGCAUACAAACACACACACACACACACACACACACACAAAAUAUACACAAACACACACACACAUCAACAUCCACACCUCGUGCAUAUGGCCCCUCUGUUGCUUGUCCAAGGAGAAGAUGCAGACUUUGAAGGAAGUGAUGCUUUGACUAACAAAUCUCUAUAACAUCCAUGAAUGUGAGAAUGCAACACAUUGCAAUAAAAGCACCAUGUAAAAAAGG